CGUGCUUGCUCACUGUCAGGCCAGUUUUUUGCAGGGUCCUUGAGAUGAAGAAUUUCAGAGACCACCAGUGAGCAGACCUCCAUUUACUCACUUGGAUCCAUAUACGUGCUGGGUCUUCUGCUUGUUAUUUAGCUGGCUUUGAAAUUCAACACAAGUAUGGUUGGAGAAAAGCUGGUGGCUUGCAUGCUUGUUAACUGGUUAAGCCUGACACUGAUGAGGUCAGUUUACGGUCAGCACAUACCAGAAGAACCAUGCUCUGUCCAAAUCCUUGUUCCUGGACUUAAAGGUGAAGCUGGAGAAAAGGGGGAUAAAGGAGCACCUGGGAGACCUGGGAGAGUAGGGCCACCUGGAGAGACAGGUCCUCCCGGACUCAAAGGUCAAAAAGGUAGCAUGGGACGUUAUGGGAAGAUGGGUCCCUCUGGAUUCAAAGGAUUAAAAGGCGAUAUAGGAGAUCCAGGACCAAAUGGGCCAAAUGGGGAGCCAGGCGUCCCCUGCGAGUGUGCACCUUUACGGAAAAUGAUUGGUGAAAUAGACAUUCAAGUGGCACAAUUAACCAAUGAGCUGAAGUUCAUUAAAAAUGAUCCUCAUUUUUCAGCACUGCCCUCCCCCGCAGCUGUCGCUGGCGUCAAAGAAACAGACAGCAAGGUCUAUCUGCUGGUGAAGGAAGACAAACGCUACAGGGAGGCCGAGUUGCUUUGUCAGGGGCGUGGCGGACACCUGGCCAUGCCCAAGGAUGCGGCUUCCAACAGGGCCAUUGCCGGUUACAUCACCGAAGCUGGCCUUAACAGAGCGUACAUCGGCAUUAAUGACCUGGAGCGAGAAGGCCACUUCGUAUACGUGGAGCAGUCACCCAUGACCACUUUCAGCAGGUGGAGGGAGGGGGAGCCAAACAACGCUUAUGAUGACGAGGACUGCGUUGAGAUGGUUUCAACAGGAGAGUGGAUUGACGUAGCUUGUCACCUCACCAUGUACUUUGUUUGUGAGUUCGACAAGGACACUUUAUGAGGUGGUGGACACUGUGGUUUAUAAAGCCAAAGAAUCAAAGGGAUAGGUCACCUUAAAAAUUAUAUGUUAUAUGUGUUUAAAACAACACAAGGGGGAGUAAAUGAUGACAAAAUGUUCAUUUUUGGGUAAUCAAACUCUUUAAAGGGAUAGUUCGGCCAAAAAUUAUAUUAAACCCGUGA